GGAUAAUUUGUGAAACAGAACUUACUUAUGUCACCAAAUGAAAAUCAAAUAAUAGGUAAUAGAUAUACCAUACUUAUAUGAGCUUUAAGGCAGAAAUAUUCACAGAACACAAUACUCUGUAAAGUAAGACGUAAAGCUCUAUGGUAUGUUGAAAGAUGUUGCGAAGUCGGAUUGUGUACAAUGUCGGACGUUUGAUAGCGAUACACUUUCACCCCGAUAGAGUCGCCCAAACCGCGCGGUCUUCGAUCAAUGCCACAACUAGUUGCGCCAGUCGAGUCGUCAGGUUUGCUAGCGUGUCUGCGUCCUCGUCCAGUAAAAGGAAAAUGGCUGACAAAUUAAAUCAAGAUGAGCGUGAAGGUCUUCUUCAACCACUUUUAAAAACAGGCUGGAAGGUACAAAGUGACAGAGAUGCUAUUGAAAAAGAAUUUAAAUUCAAAGAUUUUAAUGAGGCUUUUGGUUUCAUGACACGAGUUGCUCUGCUAGCAGAAAAAAUGGAUCACCACCCUGAAUGGUUUAAUGUCUACAACAAACUGCAGGUAGUAUUAUCAUCUCAUGAUGUAAAUGGUUUGAGCAAAAGAGACAUACGGAUGGCAACAUUUAUGGAUAAAUAUUUUGAAUAAUUGAAACAUAGAGAAAAUAUAGUUGAACAUUCGAUCCAAUGUAUUUGUAUACCUAGGUAUAUUAUUGUUAAGUUUCAUCCAUAUUUUAUAAAUGUAAACAUCUUGCACUCAUAACAAAAUGUUAAAUAUUAUAUGUGAAGAAAUAAAUAAUAUAUAUUUUUUAUUUC